AUGGCAGCCGAUGUGGUGAGCGCCCAUGCCGACAAGAACUCACUGGCAUCGCAGGUGCUGGAAGCCUCACUCAGAGAAGAGAAAGAUGCCAGGGAGAAGCUCGAGAAGUUGGUGGAGGUCCAGCAAGUGCAGGUUGAGCUGUACAGGAGCCUGAAAAUGAAAUUAGAGGUCCUCUACCAAGCUGAGCAAGAGAAAGUAGCCGAGCUGAGCAAGGAGUUGUCGGAAGCUUCUGAGAAGCUGGCGGAGAGGACAGAGGAGCGGCCAUCGUCCCAACGAUCACAGGAGUCGACAGGCGGCAGGACCGUGGCGUCCCGGCCCGACGACGUCCGACUGCACAUCGUGCUGCAGAGCAAAGAGAAGCAGCUGGACGAGUUGUCCCAAAGACACCAGGACUUGCAGAAAGAGUCGGCUGACGGCAAGUUCGAGCUCUCUCUCUUGCAGCAAGAGGUGGCUACCCUCCGAGCUGAAGAGGUGGACCGGGCGGCCGAGUUGAACAAGUCCGUCCUCUGCGAGGCGCAGCUGAGAGCCCAGAUCUUUGAGCUCCGGGACGAGCGGCAGAGGCUGCAGGACCUCCUCGCGGAGGAGCGCGGAAGGAGCUCGAAGGUCGCGGAGGCUUUGGAGGAUCUCCAGGUGGAGCGCAAGAAGAAGGAGAGCCUUGAACAGAAGCUUGCGGAGACGACUCGGGAGUCCAAAGAUGAGUACGAGGCCCUCUGCAAAGAGACCGAAGAGACCAUCCAAGGUCGGGAGCAGACUAUCCGGCACCAGACCUCCGCCAUCGAGGCCCUGAAUCGGGAGCUGAAGGAGAAACAAGUGGAGCUGGACCGGCUGACAGAGCUGCUGGCCAAAGGCGAGCCGGACACCGCGCCGAAAGUGAAGCCGGGCGUCGAGAGGGUGUACCUACCUCCCCUGGGUCCUAAGCCCAUGGAGGAUGUCGAGGUGCGACGCGCCAUCGAAGGCUUGAGGAAGCAGCUCAAGGCCAAGGACACCAAACUGGAGAAGCAGACGGAGCGAUUGCAGGGGCUGGGCGAGCUUCUCGAAGAACGGGAUACGCAGCUGCAGGAGCUCCUCUCUGCUCGCCGGGACCGCGAGAAGUUGCGGAUCCGCCUCGCAGACCUGGAGGACGCCAUGAAGUCCCAGAAGAAGGUCAUGAGCCGCGCCGAUGCGGAGCGGCGGCUUAUCGGCCAGGAGGCCCGGCUCAAGGAAUCCGAAAGGCAAAUCCAGGAGCUCGGCGAGAACCUCCAAAAGGAGCGCCACGAGCGGCAGGCCGUGACCUGCGAGCUCCGUGCGCUGGAGGAGCGCGUGAAGCAUGGCACAGUUUCGGCAGAGUCGAUGGACACGGCGAACGAGGCGAUGUCCAAGGAGCUGGCAGUGCACCAAGUCGAGCUGGCUGCAAAAGCGGAGCAGGUCAGCCAUCUGCAGCACGUGCUCGCGGAGUCACAGGCCGAGGUGCGAAAGCUCAGCGAGCGAGUUGUGCCAGAACCAGGCGAGGUCGCACCGCUGCCAGCCCUGCAACGUCGGCUGCGGAAGCUGGAGGAGGCAGACCAGACACUUGCCAGGGAUGUGCUGGUGCAUCUCCAAGACAGGGAGCACAAGAUUGAGACCCUGGCUUCAACCGUGGCGCUUCUGCGUCAGACGGUGGAUGACCUUCAGCCGGAGCAGGAGGGUGGGCUCGCCCAAGAAGGCAGAGACAACACAGCAAAGUGA